CUUGAACACAACCAUAUGUUGGUUCCUGAAAACGCUAGCUUUGCUACUAGCUAUCAGAAACUUACCACAGAAAUGAAAGAGCUUAUUGAAAACUAUGUUCGGUUACUCCGUGGGUUAUUUCCUGAAGCCACAAUUGUGGAUUAUGAUAUGAAAAACUAUGUGUAUAAGUUUCGUCGUACUCAUGAUAUACAGAGGUGUGAUACUGCAAAGCUUUUUCAGCACUUUGAAAAAGAGCAUAAUAAUUUCAAAUUACGAAUUGUUGCACAGGCUAUAUUGCCCGAUGAAACAAGUGAAAGUUAUAGAUGGGUUUUACAGCAAACAAUUAAGGCUACAGGAGUUCAGCCUGGUGCUUUUAUGAUUGAUGCAGAUCCAGGUCUUGAAAGUGUUGUUCCCGAAAUAUAUCCUGAUACCUACCUACUCCAUUGUAUCUGGCACAUUGAGCGUAACAUUGAAAAGCAGCUUGCAAAGCUACUUGGUGAUCAUUAUGCAGAUUUUAUCAAA